GAGCAUGAUGACAGAGGGAGUGAAGGCCGGGAGGUGGCAGACCGUCCAGGGCCACAUGCAGUCUGGAGGACUGAGACCCAGCAAGUGAGUUCAGAACUGGGCAGAAAAAACGCGAACAUUUCAGUCACGGUUCAGCAGAAUAAACAUGUCAAUACUAUGCAAAUAUACGUUUUUACCUCAGCAGCAGCUAUUAUUAGAUGAAUGAAUCAGUUCUGAGUAGAAACAGGAAGGUAGGUGAAGUUCAGCAGGAAGGAAAGUGCAGCUUGGGGUGUCAAGGUGAGCUUGUGGGCACAUAUCAAGGUGUUAGCUCUGGGGAAAUGUGAACUCUCGUCAUCAUGAGAAGAUAACAAUAGCUGCCCGAGCUGUAUCACACUGACUCAAACCGUCAGCUGACACAGCCGGCCCACCUUCACAGUAGAGUCUACUGUAUGAAUCUGCACAAAAAUAUGAUUUAUUUAUGUGAGGAACUGCAUCGCCUGCAAGUGUGUCUUUCCAAACUCCAACACAGAAAUAGUCUCAUUUUCACACACACUGACUGAAAUAAUGCGUCACGCCCUGCCGGCCCUCCUUUUAAUUAAGAUUUAGGCUGAAAUGUGAACUGCAUGUUGGUCUCCGACUGCAUGUAUCUCAUAGCCAUGACGUAUGACAUGAUUUAGGGUCUAUAUUCAGAGCGUUGUAAAUGAGGCAGUUAAUUUUCGGUUCUUCAUUUUUUUUCGCACCUUCCUUUGGCACCUCGUGCCUGUGAUUUCUUCCUCCACAACACAUUUACGCUCAUCACUACCUCACUCCUCAGUCCCUCCUUCUCUCCUCUUCUCAUCUUUCUUUUUGCCCCCUGUCUAUAAUUGGAUUCUAUUUUCAGGCUGCUAUAAGUGUCUGUGUCUCUUGUGUUUGUGUCUCGCACCCCAUUUUCUGUCUCUCCUCCAUCGUCACCCUCUGCUCUUAUCGCUCCCAUCGCUCUCUCCAUCUUUCUGUCGCUGUGUAAAGCCACUCCUCAUAUUCUCCUUUUCUACUGUGUUUGCCCAUGAAAUAUUUCGUUUCUGCAAAACCCUCAAAUACCCUUUUUUAUCUUUUUUUUGUGACAGUUAAAUAUGAUUGAUAGCACGCUAAAAGCCUCAUGCAAAAUUGUGUUAGAUGAAGUAAUGCAAAACGGAGUAAACUGCACGUAACUGAUGUGAAAAGCUCUCUCAUGACCUAAUUCUGGUAGUCUGGGUUACACAGCGAUCUGAGAGAGAAGAGGAUAUAUUUAGUGAGUGGAAAAAUAUAAAAGAGAUUAUGCAAGAUUCUGUAAGGCUCACAAAACACAGAAAUGAUGUAAGAAUAAGUAAGUAAUAACGUGUCACACACCUUUAUGUAGAUGUGACUACUAAAACAUUUUUAAGAAAGGCAAUGAGCCAAUUAAACCACAUUUAUCAAGGGGAGGAGUGGAAAAUGAGAGGCUGACAGAGGGAGGGAGUCAUACUGUAGGACUUGGUUGGCUGUUGGGAUGUCUCUGGAGGUACAGCAUGUAUUUAAAAGACGAAAAAGACUUAGAGAGAAAGAAGGAGAGGCUAUCAGAGAUGGAAAAAGUUGACUGACGAAUAGAGGAAAUGGGGAUCUCUCAUCAGACCAAAAAACCUUUAUCAGGAAGGCCUGGAAGCUGCAAAACCUCGACGCACACGCCUCGACGCGGUCACGUGGCACAGAACCGCUCCACACCCGUGCGGACAGUGCACAUUCGACCGCUGCCCACUCGAAACGCACCCUCAUGCAAACAGCACGCUCAGACCGCGCAGACACGCAAGGUGCAUGCACAUCUGACGCAGACGCACAGGGCAAGCUCACAGUUGGCACACUGCUGCCCGCCGCCGCCCUAUGAGCAGUACACAGCACACAGCGAUCACUCAGGCUGCACCUUCUACUGCUAUUUCUGCUACUGCUGUUACUGCUGCUGCCUCACGUUGCUCUCUUUCUCUCUCCUCCUCCUCUUGUCUCCACCUCCCCACGCUCCUCCCUCUGAAUCCUUCUCCACUUUGUCGUCAAAUACCACCCUUCCUCCUUCCUCCUCCUCCUCCCCCUCACGAUCAUCAACUUCCUGUUUGGAUGAACUUUCCUGUCUCUAUCCUGAUGUCAACCUGACUUCUUCUGAUGUGUCUUCCUACUGCCCUGUGCCACCUUGUGUCAUCUCUGAUGAUUCUUUCCCUCUCUUCUACGUCUCAUCUCCUGACCUCACUACUUCUGACCAACUCACCUCCUCUUGCCACGGCUCCUCUUCUACAUCUACUGUGUCUUCUUCUUCCUCUUCUUCUUCUUCUUCUUCUUCCUCUUCUGACCCCUUUUCCCCUCUCCACCAUCCUGUCCUCUGCCGGCCGUGGCCUUCUUCGCGCUCUCUUUCCUCCCUGCUCCUCUGCCCUCCUAGCUUUGGGGAUCCAGUCUUAUCCUAUGCAUCCACUUUGGAGCACAUCCCCUCUGGGCCGGCCCGGCCUAGGACACUGCUGCGCCAGCAGAGCCUCCAGCAGCCCCUCAUCCACCCAUCAGGCCCUGGUCUCGGCCAUCCCCCCACAACAUCCCAGAGUUUGGGACAAUUACACACGGCACCUGGACAGCCUGGGGGAGGUGGGGGUGCUGGGAAAGGAGAGGGAGGUGGCAGCGGUGGUGAGGGUGGGGGUGCAGGUACACGAGGUGGUCCCCGGGGUGCACGGGGCAGCCCAGCAGGAGCAGGUGCCUCUCGCUAUAGGGGAGGUGGAGCAGGAGGGCGCUCACGUGCCAGUCCUGGCAGCUGGGAUUACAUGAUGGAUCAGAUCCGGAAUCGCGGCCUGGACGUCAAGUCCUUCCUUGAAGGGAAGAUGGUGGUCCUGGCUUUGGCCAUUGGUGUGGCUGAGCAAGAUGACUUUGCCAAUAUCCCUGACCUGCAGGAAACAGCGCAGGCAGCACCACCAUCCAAUCAGGAGCCCCCUCCUGAGAAGAGGGGCAACAAGCCAGCUAACAGCCCCAAGGGCCAACCCCCUGAUGCUGAUGGUCACUCCUCCGUAACUGACCUGGCCAACUCUCUCACUGGAGACAUGGUGAUGCUGUCUCCAGGUUCAGAGGAUGAUGAAGGGCCCAUCAGUGAGAAGCUGGGUCGGAUCCAGUUCAGCAUAGGCUACAGCUUUCAGAACACAACCCUCACUGUCAAAGUUCUCAGGGGCCAGGAGCUCCCAGCCAAGGACUUCUCUGGCACCUCAGACCCCUUCGUCAAAAUCUACCUGCUGCCCGACAAGAAACACAAGCUGGAGACCAAGGUCAAGAGGAAGAACCUCAAUCCCCACUGGAAUGAAACCUUCCUGUUUGAGGGCUUCCCUUAUGAAAAGGUUAGGGAGCGCACUCUUUACCUUCAGGUGUUGGACUACGACCGCUUCAGCAGGAAUGACCCCAUUGGAGAGGUGUCAAUCCCCCUUAACAAGGUGGAACUGGGCCAGAUAAAGACUUUCUGGAAGGAGCUCAAGCCCUGCAGUGAUGGCAGUGGGAGACGAGGAGACCUGCUGGUGUCUCUCUGCUAUAAUCCUACUGCCAACAUCAUCACUGUGAACAUCAUCAAAGCGCGCAAUCUCAAAGCCAUGGAUAUCGGGGGCACCUCAGAUCCCUACGUUAAGGUGUGGCUGAUGCACAAGGACAAGCGUGUAGAGAAGAAGAAGACAGUGACGAUGAAGCGCUGUCUGAACCCCGUCUUCAAUGAGUCGUUCCCCUUUGACGUGCCCGCCCAUGUGUUGAGGGAGACCACUAUCAUCAUCACCGUCAUGGACAAGGACAGGCUCAGCCGCAACGACGUUAUCGGCAAGAUCUACCUAUCAUGGAAGAGUGGACCAGCGGAGGUGAAGCACUGGAAAGACAUGCUUGCUCGGCCGCGUACUAACGUCGCCCAGUGGCACGCUCUCAAGGCCUGAUCGCACCUCCCAGCUUCCUCCAUGGCCCCUUCCUGUCUCCUAUCUUCCCCCCGUCCCUCCCCUCCUCCCACUCCCGUCCUUAUGCACAAGACUGACUUGCUGCCAGGCUGUGAAACACGGGUACAAUUAGCCAUCUGCUCUCUUAAACCUUUAAACUCUUUUUCUCUUUUCUUUCAAAAUCUCUAUCCCUCUCCAACUCUUCAUUCUUCUUCUGUUCCUCCUCUCAUACGGCCGUGUCUUAAUUUCAGUGUCUUACCACUUUGCCAAUGGUCCCCCUGUUUCUGACUGUCUGUAUGUCUGUCUGUCCUUAUGCACUUUGCCUGUGGAGGUCUGAUAUUCUGUUUCUUUGUCGACCCCUUGGUUCUGAACUGCGCUGCAGCCCCUGACCCAUCGAAGGUGCCAGUCCCGUGGGAUCACAGAGAAUCUUAAGUAAUGAUCUAAUCUCAUAUAAUCCUAUUGUAUGACUAUUCCAGGUACACAAUACUAUACAGUAUGUACUAUAUGUACAUAAACAUUAAUAUAUUAGGCAUAUAGAUUGGCAGAACUCCCCUAUACACAUGACUAAUAUACAGUAUGUUAUCCAUAGCCAGUCUGCUGUUACCCAUCUCUCCUGUCUCUUCAUUUGUUGGCGCUUCCUUGUCAUCUGUCUCAAGUGUACUAUAUUCUCUCCCCCAUGUCAGUCCUCCCUCCUUUUACUCAAAAGUAGUUUAAUGUUCAGCUGAAGUUGUCGAAAGCAAUCAAUACUCGGUUCGUGAUGAAACCAGCUGAACUCAUGAUGGAAUUGUUGAUACUGCUGUGUCUCCCUCCCUCCUCUUUUUUUUCUUCUCUGGACUCUUCUCUCUUUCAUUUUCUCCUUAUUGUUCCCUCUUUCUCUUCCUCUGGCACAAUAUUAGUGAACCCCCCCCCUGCCUUUCUGGACCCCGCCCCUUGUCGUCUGUGUGCUGUGGGUGCUGUGCUGUAGCUCCAACAAAAAUAGAGAUUAAAAAAUAUAUAUAUAUAAACUGAACUUUCCGAAGCUGGGAAAGCAGGAACACAAUAAACUCAUGAAAUGGAUCGCUCCUGAUUUUUCCAGACAAAAAGCCCUGACAUGGAGAGAGAAAAAAGAAGAUGAAAAAAAAACAAAAAAACCCCCACAACAAAUCCCCCGUGAUACGAUGAUGUCAUUUUUCACAGCAUCACCAACUGAGGAAACCAAUUUAAAAUCUUCUUCCAAUGUUAAGAUGAAAACAGAACCAAAAAGCAAAGUUUGUGCUGUUUGUGCACACUUCUGUCUGUUUAUUGAUGCUCUGAAUUCUUCCUACUGCCCUGUGCUUUUGUUUUGCCCUGUUGAUGGAGGUUGAUCUCCAAAAAUUGCUCGACCUUUCCACCAGACUGCGCGGUGUGCUGUGUUAAAGUGUGCCUGUUGCUGUGUGUGUGUAUGUGUGUGUGUGUGUGUGUGUGUGUGUGUGUGUGUGUGUGUGUGUGUGUGUGUGUGUGUGUGUGUGUGUGUGUGUGUGCAUGUUCACAGGAGCAACACAAUUCUGACUCGGCAGAAAUCUUCUUCUCUUUUCUCUUUCUCAUCUUGCGCUCUUCUUGCUCUUCUUACUGCCAUUGUUUCCCCAUCCUCCUUUACUGCCCUGACUUCUGAACGAGGGUACGGGGAAGUUCUAUCUGCACUUUUUGAAAAUGUAAUAACAAUAAUGAUGAUGAUAGUUUUGAUGAUGAUUAUAGUACUGAUGAAAAUUAAGGGAGGAGUAUCUGGAAGGGUGAGCAGCAGUUGGGGAGAGGCUACGUCUGCUCUGUGAUUUCAGGGUUUGGAGAUGAAGGAGAGGACACAGAGGAUGGAUGUAGGGCUCUCAUCCUCCUCUUUUUGUUCCUCUUAUUUUUCCCAACGUACCUGUGUACACGUAUGUGUGUGUAUGAUUCCUGGUGGCAGGCUGCUAAUGUCUGAAAUGUCAGGUCGGGACGGAGAGAUUGCACAGACGUCUACUCUUUCUCAGUGUAUUCUCUACUGUAACUGUCUGUGUUUUGACAUUCAUAAAAUCCCGUGAAGCGUAAUCCUGUCAAUUAGUCAGGAUUUUUUACUGCCGCAGCUUAGUUUUUACUUCUAAAUUAGGAUCCACCUAGUUCCUCUAAAUGAGGAAACAUCUCUGCUUAUGUCAAUACAGCUUCCUAAUACUGGCCCGUCAAAAUCUGUGCACUCCACAGUGCAUUUUUUUUUCCAUUAUCAUGCAAUAAUUUGUUAGUGUCUCACACUUUUUACACUUAAUUUGAUUUAAGCUAACAUGUUCACCACAAGAGAAAUUGAAGAAAUGUGUAAUUGUGGCUCAAUCUGCAUCAGGUUAGUCCUCGUCUUGUUUCUCUCUAAGCCAGUCUGGGCAGCACACUGUGCUGUUAGUGUGUUCUGGGCAGUGUGUUUCAUGUGAGACUCGGUGCUGGCUGCUGCGAUGCGCUGAUCCAGUCCAGCACCCUUCAGAACAAUUGGCCAACCGUGGAACAGGGCCCACUGUUUUGACAGCCACUGCCUGCAGUGUCACAGCACAUUACACUCCCAUUAGGUGGUCAGAAAAGAGCAAUAUCUCCUUCUUUGGACCUGGGAAACACACUAUUUGCAGAGAUAAUUUUAGCUAAGAAUAAUACAAAUCACGGAGUGCUCUCAUUAGUAACCAUGAAAAUGAUGGACAGGGAUAAAGGGUCGUCAGCGAAAAUGAAGAAAAUAAUCAGUAGGCGACCGCUGCUGGAGCUGUGAUUUCCAAACGUGGUUUGAAUAUACAGGUGUGCAGGUGAUGAGUCAACACAAUACCUCUGCCAUUACCUUUCGCCAAGAUUACACGUUGCUCAAGGAGUGAUAAAUUACCAUGCUACAGUGGUUUACAAAGCUUAGUCAUCAGAGACCCUGUAAACUGGGGAAUAUGGCAUUAUUUUUAGUAACAUGAGACACAGUGUGAUGCCUCUGAGGCAGAAAGGCUACAGGGUUGGGCUUUCAAAACUUACAGUACACCACUGAGUGCUUUUAUUUCCUUAAAUGCAAAUCCAAUUUAUUCUUGAUAUCCAUUUUUAAAGGACAUCAGCCUUUGGACUGUCAUCAAAUAAUUAACCAGUAAAACUUGAAUACACCCUUAGGACAAAGACAGAAGGUUACUGAGCUUACUGACAUAGUGAAACGCUGCCAACAAUUCUGAGUAACCUCUGUGGUGUAGAUCUGAUAGGAAAAUGUGGUUAAUGUAUUGUAGGAAACAAAAUGUACCCACAAGAGAAUAUUUACUCUAAUAUAUCUAGUUUAAACCAAGGGACUAUUCAUGCUCAAGGUCACAAAGUUAAAAAUGUCAAGAAAAUAAUUAUUCAGAUUGUAAUAUCAGCUGCAGUUUCAUAAGUUUCAACAUAAUAAGUUGUUUACUUUAGGAAACACAGUGAAUCAAAACAUAUAAUUCAUGACAGAGUAUCCAGAAAGUUGCACACUCCAUAAAAUAACCAAAAGUCCCAAACAUUAUGUUCUCUCAUUGCCAGCAGUCAAACAGCAGCACCAUUAAAAUGGAUUGUAAGCUCAGAGCCAAACAGUAUAAAGGAGAAAGCAAUUUCCAAAUCCCAGUUUUAUUAUACUGCCACCUGUCUCACACCUCCAAAACUUAUUGGGUUUUUUUGGCACCAACUUUGUCUGCAAUGACCUUCAACAAUCCUGAGCUCAUGAAUACAGCAUGGCAGGGUUGCAGAUGCUCCCAGUCAAGAGUUUUUCCAGCCCACUCCACUCAGAGUAGUUGUUCUCUUUGUGUACUGGCUCAGCGCUGUCUUCCAUCAUUGCUGCAUUCCCUGGCAGAGCCAACUGGUAGCUGCAGGUGUGGAUAAUUACUGUUUGAUCACAAAGGUUUAAUUCAAGACGACAGACACGGCCAACACUGCCCACAACUUUGCCACAGAAUAAAAGCUUUUAUAACUGACUUUUUAUUUAUGCAAAUUACAUUUUUGCCUAGUUUAUUUUAUAUUUAUUUGUUUACUGUUCACUCUGAAGGCUAUUGGAACACUUUUUAAUGAAUAUUUUCAAGUUUUCUGCAAAAUUCUUUAACAUUAAACCAAUGAGUAUUUUUAGCUACACUAGUGGCACAGCAAGGACCUGCAGGCAUGGCGAUGUCGGUCUGUCGGACGGUCAGUCUACCACUUUGGUCGAUUGAAAUAGCUCAACAACCAAUGGAUGGAUUGUCUUGAGUAAGUACAGAUAUCCAUGGCGCCCAGACGAUGAAUCCUACUGACUUUGGUGAUCCCCUGACCUUUUCUCUAGCGCCCCCAGCAGGUCAAAGUUUUCACUUAUCUAGUGAACGUUCCCUACAUACACUGGAUGGAUUGGUCCCAUUGGUUUCCAGAAUAUGUAUCCCUGUGACUUUGGUGAUCUCCUGAACUUUCCUCUACCAAAACCAUGAGGUUCUCAUUUAUGGCUUUGAGUUGAAUGUCUCAACAAUUAUUGGAUGGAUUGUGAAGAAAUUUGGUACAAAUAUUCAUGAUAUCUAGAGGACAAAUUGUAGCAACUUUGAUUGGGUCAAAACUUAAACUUGUCCACUACUACUGUAUGAUUUUGUGACCUAAUACCUGCAAAACUAAUGACCCUUUCCCAUGCUAACAUGCUAAACUAAGAUGGUGAAUGUGGUAAACAUGUUAUUAUAGCAUUGUUAGAAUGCUUACAUUAGCAUUUAGCAGCGUCACAGAGUUAUGACCAUGGCUGUAGAGCUUAAGUCUCGUUUCAUACCUGCUGAAACAGAAGCGCAUGCAUUGGCUCGGUCAUGUAGUGCGAAUGGAUGAUGGCCGGUCUCCUCUACACAGAAUUAGUACAGGGAAAACUUCCCACAGUCAGAUCCUAACUGCGCUACAAAGAUGUCUGCAAGAGAGACCUGAAAGCCUUGAGAGUCGACCUAAACACCUGGGAAGCCAUAGCCUCAGAUUGAACAGCUUGGAGACAGAUGGUGCAGAAAGGCCUCUCCAUGUCUGAAGAGACACUUGCCCAGCAGUCUGAGGCAAAGAGACUGAGGAGAAAGGCCAAAAACCAGACGGACAGAUCAGAAUCAAGCUUCACUUGUGCCCAGUGUGGGAGGGACUGUCACUCCCAUAUUGGCAUGUCCGGCCACACCCAACGCUGCACCAGAAUCACCAUCCAUAGUGCAACUCCGUAGUCUUCCAAGACUGACAGACGCCUACGACUACUAUCAGUCUGUACAGUUGGAUAUAGUGAUGGAGAAGAUCCAUCUCCUGGACUCAUGUCUUCUCUGAGAUGUUUAUUCAUAGGUGUGUCCCCCCAAAUUCAUCAAUGUGACCAGCAGCCUUCAGUUCUCUGUUUACUUUGUAAAUAACUGGAAGCUUUAUUGGCUGAAGAGGUCACACCUGUUUGCUAAGGGAUUAGCAAGAUAUUCCUCUGAGCCUGAUGAUAUUGUUUGUCCUUGUCAUACUCUCAGCCCCUUCCUUAUUCUUCGACACUUUUCCUUGAUGGAUAUGGCUUUCUUGAGAUGAGCGUCAAUGACUCACUCUGUUGGAAAGGUGCCUGCUUUGCUGUAGUUUGUGCAAUAUUAAAUUAAGAGUACACUGUGCUUUAUGUCUUGGAGAACUUUACGUGUGUGUGUGGAUUAAAAUCAGGCUGUAGUAAUCUCAUCCUAGAGGGACUGCAGUUGAUGUUUUAUUCUGCUGAAUCAUAUUAUGAUGGCUGAGUCAGCCCAGAAGUCUGCUGGGUCACCUUUGUCAUUUGUCCAGUCAGUCCCUGCGUGAGUCUCGCCCUGCACAGACAGACCUUGCCUCCCCGAACUCACCCUUUCAAUUGUUUUAAGCAUUUGGUGAAAACCAAUGUGACUUCUCCCAAUCAGGGUUCAAGUAAGCAUUAUUUGAAUGGUAACAAAAUUAAUAUGAAAAACAAUAAUGAGUAAUAAUAUCUUUUUUCUUUUUUGUUCACAUUUGACUGUUGGUCAGUGUGUAUGUAUGUGUGUGCUUGGUGUUCUUGUGUUGGGUUUAUUUCUUUACAAAAACGUGAUAAGAAAAAUCCUUCUGUUUUUGAAAACUUUAUGUAAAUAUUGUUGGUGAAAAUUAACAUUUGUUGUACGCCGA